AGUUGGUACACGAUUAAGCAUUUUUUUUCUGUAAAUCUUUUUUCAUUUUUGAAACAAUUUCAGAAGGCUAUGUUAGGUCUGGCAACAAAUCCUAAAAUCCUCAACAAUUUUUGGCCAAGAACCUAGUCUUGGUUACACAAAUAACGCAAUGCCAACUUUAUAAACUUUAUAUUAGGGCACUGCCAUGCACAAUGUUUAUGACACUAUACUGGACUAACUGUCAAUGCAUGUUUCAUUGUGUGACCAGACUCCAGAGCAUUUUUGGUUUCUAUGAAAGAUUUUUAUUCUAGAAUAUUUUUGAACUACAAGGUUUUAACAUGCCUGUGGAUAUAAAUAAUUUAACAGAUGGCUGGUUGGAAUUGGAAAGUGACCCAGGUCUCUUCACUCUGCUACUUGAGGACAUGGGUGUUCGUGGGGUCCAAGUUGAAGAGGUUUAUGAUUUGCAGAAAGGCUUUGAAGGAAAAGUUCUAGGAUUCAUUUUCCUUUUCAAGUGGAUUGAAGAAAGAAGAUCUAGGAGGAAAAUAGUGGAAAAUACUGACAACUAUGUAACUGAUGAAAAUAUAGUCAACAACAUGUUUUUUGCUCAACAAAUGGUACCAAACAGCUGUGCCACGCACUCGUUGGUGUCAGUGUUGCUGAACUGUCCUCACCUGGACUUGGGUGCUACACUGGAUCGGCUCAAGGCCCACACAGUUGCCAUGACACCUGAGAACAAAGGCUGGGCAAUAGGCAACACCCCCGAGUUGGCGAACGCUCACAACGCCCACGCAGCACCACAGGCCAGACGUCGUCCCCCGACCAACGAGACCUUCCACUUCGUGUCUUAUGUGCCCAUUGGCGGGUCUCUUAUGGAGCUCGAUGGACUCAAGCCUUACCCCAUUGAUCAUGGUCCGUGGCAAGAAGGCGAGGACUGGACGGAGCAGUUCAGGCGCGUCAUCAGCGCCAGGCUGGGCGGGCGCGCUAACGGAGAGCCUUACCACGACAUUCGCUUCAGCCUCAUGGCCGUCGUGCCUGACAAGAUUACCCUGCACAGCGAGCGUCUGCUCACCCUCGCUGCUCACAAACAAAAACUAAUGGACGCCUUCAAGAGAUACGUCGAGGAGAACUGCGCUCACUACUUGAACAUAAAGGAGGGGGAGACUCUGGAAGAAUGUGAUGCUGCUCAUGGAAUUGUGUCCAAUUCUGACGACAUGGAGCACUCAGGGCAGAUGGACAAAAAUUCAAAUGACGCAGCUGAAGAUGUAAAAGAAGGCAAAGAUAAGGGUUGCGAUAAGAAAAUCAUCCUGCCUCCUGUCCUGAACUCGGCUCACCCAACCCUGGACCAUUGCCUCGACUUGGACUUCAUUAACAAUGUCACAGAUAACGUUUUGGACGGUCGCUGUAUGUCGCUCUUGUCGGAGCUCAUCGCCAUCAUCGACGUUGAGUCGGACAACAGUGAAAUGCUGCUCAAGGACGAGCAGGAGAAGCGCGUCCGAUACAAGACAGGUGCCAGGCUGGGCGGGCGCGCUAACGGAGAGCCUUACCACGACAUUCGCUUCAGCCUCAUGGCCGUCGUGCCUGACAAGAUUACCCUGCACAGCGAGCGUCUGCUCACCCUCGCUGCUCACAAGGGCGUUGCUAAGUCGGCAUCGAGCAGCAGCUGCAAAGGCACCUCGUCAACAGCAGGCGCAGUGUCGACCGCCACCGGCAGUUGCAAGAAGCGCGGCCGCAAGAAGAAAGCAAAACCUAAGCGCAAAAGAUGAACACCUGACGGCUGUUCCUUCGCAUUAACUCA